CUUUGCAUAAAUGCAACCCUGUUAGAAUUUGACAUUUCAUAAAGCAAGUGGAAAAGGAGGAACGCAAAAUUUUCACACACACAUUCCGUUAGUCACUCACGAAAAGAAAAGACGUGGAUAUUCUUAUUUGCAUUGUGAUAGAGAUUUUCCACUUAGGGGAAAAUCUUUAAACAGAAUCACGGCUAAUAAACAUUUGUUUAUAUAGUUUCAAUUUUUAUUUGAUAGAAAACUAAAUAGUGAAAGCAAGAAAAAGACAGUGCACACAAGCUUUUCUCUUACCCUGCUAAAGGGGUGGUGAAAAAACCGUGAACACACCAGGUGUAGAUGUUUGAGGUGUAGUGCGGUGUUGUGUAGUGAAAAGGCGCUCUGCCGUGAUGUCACUGCUUCACAUUUUUCGUUAAUUGGAUCGCUUAUUCUGGUGGAAGUGCAUUGUAGCAAUUCAAUUUAAUUUAAUAAUUGAGUACAAUUUAACAAUUAAGUUGCAAUUUAAAGUGAGAUCGAGGUGACAGUUUUUAUACAGUAUCCAUUCCACAUCAGUAAUUGGCGAGGACGUGUAAAAAAAGUCAGUAAAAUUAGAAAAUAAAGGCACGAAUCGAAAUUUUAACGAUAAAGCAUGAUACCAAAGAAAGAGUUGUGCUAAAACCGAUAACGACGGUAACGAAUUCAUAGAAGGAAGUGUGGAGUUAAGCAGUAGAAUUCACAAAAUAUACAUACAUAUAUACGUCCAAGAAGCAAAGUGUAAGAGCAAAGUGAAAUUUUAUUAUUUGGUUUAACGUGCCAAAGAUACGACUAAAACGAGUUAGCAACACGAAAAUCAACAUAUUCACAACAUACACGUCCCUCCAAAAUCAACGAUUCGUAACGCUAUACAGGCGAUCACAACACGAUUCCGCCCACAACAACCUGCCACGCCCACUGUUGAAUAACUAGCCGCCGUAUAACAAACACAAAACGGCCGCCGUCCAGUGCAGAAAAAAACACAACAGAAACACAAAAACAUAGAUUCGAGAAUUGCAAAGCCCCACCGCUGUGGCAUAACGACAUUCGGUGAACUUCCUCCCAAUCCGUCAUACAACUUACAAACACAAAAACAUUCGCGUCUCUCAUUGACCACAUAAUUUCCCAAUUCAUCCCCUCCAAAAAUAAAACACCCGUCCAUUACAAAACUAUUACACAAACACACACAAAACGGCUGCAAUAUGUCCGAACUGGAAAAUGCGGCAACAGCCGGCAAAACUAUUGAGGAGUUGCGUUUGGAAGUAGAGCGACUGUCGCGCGAACUAGAUCAGGCAGCUAGCGAACGCGCACAAUCGGCACAAUAUGGUCUGUCGUUGUUGGAGGAGAAAUUGUCACUUGAGCAGAAGUGUGAAGAGUUGGAGACACUGUACGAUCAUGCAAAACAUGAGUUGGACAUAACACAAGAGGCACUUGCCAAGUUUCAAACUUCACAAAAGGUCACCACAAAAACUGGCAUCGAACAGGAGGAGUCCUUGCUCACCGAAACAGCAGCACUGGAAACAACAUUGAAUAGUAAAAUUCUCGACUUGGAAAAUGAGACAAAGCAAUUGCGUCACGAAUUGGAACGAGUACGCAAUGAACGUGAUCGUAUGCUGCAAGAGAAUACCGAUAUUGGACGCGACAAAUCAGAUAAUGAGGCUGAGAAACUGCGCCUUAAGGCCGAGGUGAAGGAUCUGAAAUUUCGUGAGACACGAAUGCUAACGGAAUACACAGAACUGGAGGAGGAAAACAUAUCGCUGCAAAAGCAAGUGUCGAGCUUGAGAAGUUCGCAGGUGGAGUUUGAAGGUGCCAAACACGAAAUACGCCGUUUAACCGAAGAGGUUGAACUGUUGAACUCACAAGUAGAUGAGUUAGCAAAUCUGAAGAAGAUUGCUGAAAAGCAAAUGGAAGAAGCUCUAGAGGCUUUGCAGUGCGAACGCGAGGCAAAAUAUGCGCUGAAGAAGGAAUUGGAUAGUCAUUUGAAUCGUGAGUCCAUGUACAAGAUAAGCAACUUAGCCUAUCUACGCAGUAAUAUGGACGACAACAUAAGCGCAAACAGCGAUGGCGAAGAGGAGAAUCUCGCCUUGAAGCGUCUCGAAGCCGAUUUGACCACAGAAUUGAAUGCAACCGACGGCACCAAAUGCGAUCUUUUCUCAGAGGUGCAUUUAAAUGAAUUGAAGAAGUUAGAAAAACAAUUAGAAUCGAUUGAAAACGAGAAAAUGCUACUCACUGCGAAUUUACGAGAGGCACAAACUAGUUUGGAUAAAUCACAAAAUGAAAUACAGAAUUUCAUGGCUCGUCUAGCGCUACUAACGGCACAUGUCGAUGCAUUGCUACAGUUGAAGAAACAGCUAGAUAUAAAGGAUGAUUCCAUGGAAGCGGUGAAACGACGUAAUGACGAACAAAAUGUACGACAACAACUGCUGGAUAUACUCUCACAGUAUAACAGCUGGUUUACACUAUCCUCCAAAGAGAUUGACGGUCUCAAGACUGAUUUAGUUGAACUGCAAAAGGGUUUCAAUUAUACCGACGCAAUGACAACACUACGCAAUGAGGUCACAAAUUUGAAAAAUAAACUGCUCAGCACCGAGCAGAAAUCGCUGGAUCUGCAAAGUGAUGUGCAGACACUCACAAGUAUUUCACAAAAUGCCGGACAAAGUUUGGGUUCGGCACGCUCCACUUUGGUGGCCUUAAGUGACGAUUUGGCACAGCUAUAUCAUCUCGUUUGCACCGUUAAUGGCGAGAUACCGACGCGUAUUAUGCUCGACACGAAGAGCGAUGAUAUGAGCUUCGAAAACGAUUCGCUUACUGCCAUACAGUCGCAAUUCAAGUCCGAUAUUUUCACUUCCCGCUCACACACGAUUGAGGAUUUGCAAGGUCUUGCUGAUUCUGUCGAAAUUAAAAAGUAUGUCGACACUGUGAGCGAUCAGAUCAAGCAUUUGAAAACCGCUGUCGAGCACACAAUUGAGCACAACAAGAAUAAAGUGCGUGGCGAUGUUUCUGAAGCUGAUAAAUACAAUCGCGAGGAAGUCGAGGAGCUGCAAGAACAAAUCGUGCGCCUUAAGGGCUUGCUCUCACUCAAACGCGACCAAAUCGCUACAUUACGUACUGUCUUGAAGUCCAACAAACAGACCGCCGAGGUGGCGCUCACCAAUCUCAAAUCGAAAUAUGAGAAUGAAAAGACAGUGGUCAGCGAGACAAUGGCCAAAUUGCGCAAUGAACUGAAGAUACUCAAGGAAGACGCAGCGACAUUCUCAAGUUUGCGCGCCAUGUUCGCCGCUCGUUGCGAGGAAUACGUCACACAGGUGGAUGACCUAAAUCGCAAACUGGAAGCCGCUGAGGAGGAGAAGAAGACUCUAAAUCAGCUGUUGCGUUUAGCUGUACAGCAGAAAAUUGAAUUGACUCAACGUAUGGAGGAAAUGGAAAUCGAUCGUGAAACACGUUUCGCGCGUCGUUCGAUGCCACCACAACGCGGCAGCAGCGGCAAAUCAUUCUCGUCACGGCCCUCAACACGUAACCCGGCCGGCAGUAAUCAGAAUCAAUUCUAACAUAAAAUAAGCGUGCAGCGAAAAAUUUUAGCCUUAGUUUAUACACUGCUUAAGUUAUAAAGUCACUUUUGUGUAAACUGUCACACUGUCACGAGUCACGUGUCACACACGCAAACACACAGUCACUUUUAAGGUAUGAAGUAAUAAGCUAAUAAUUUGUCUCGUAAUUUAAAAGAGCAAAAUAUUUUAAGCAAGUGCUGAAUUUUAGCAAAAGAAAAAAAACAAUUAAGACGGUGUUUAAAAAAAGUAGGAAAGGGGGAAGAGCAAUAUCGAAAAUAUUUGUUUGCAAACUUAUAACGCUAUUAGAAUCGCAUAAAGCGUUUAGCGAUAUCGUUUGCUGCUCUUCACAUCGUACUAAUCCUUCCGCCCGUUUAACGUAAGACACUGCGUUAUGUUUAAAAGUGACCGUUAGUCCAUAGAAUUUGUUUUUAUUAUUACCUAUCUGUUAGUAAUACAAGACACUACUAUAUCGACACUAUAUUGGGUAUUAACAUUUAUGUUUGUGCACACAGUUAUGCCUAACUUGGAUUUACAACAAAUUUGUUGGUAUUUAAUUUUGCAAAGAGAAUUAGAUGAGCUGAGGAUGAGGAAAGCUUUAAGUUGUUAUGUAAUCAUAUAUGUUUGUAAAAAUACUGAAAAUUUUUCUUUACUUGAAACAAUUUUUGUACACCCUACUGUGCAUCGUAUUAACAACUCUCCAAAAGCUCAAGUCUGCACAACACGUUCUGAAAAUCGAGAAAAAAGACAUAAUAUUAUAUGUAGCUAACUGUAAAAAUUUGCUUUUUUGUUAUAUAACUUUUCACAAAGCUUAAAGCGGCCUUUACUGAGUUUAAAUCGAGAUAUUAAAAGAUUUUCGAUUCUGAAUGUUUAUUUAAGUUUAAAGAGGUGCUUUGAGCUUUACACAAAAUAAGCUUUGAGCUUAAAAACUAUAACUUCAAAAAGAAAAAUAAUACAAGGUGUGAAAAGAUAUUCGGAAUCUGACACUUCAUUUAAGUUUCAAGAGGCUUCUUUUGAGCUUUAAAUAUUUUUUUUUCAACUGGAGCUUUGAGCUUUGAAGUUUUCUAGAAAAACUUAAAAUUUAAAGUAUUCUUAACUUGGAAUAAUUUCGAAAAUCGACAAGUUUAAAGAGGAGUGCUUUGUGCUUUAACCAAAAUAAGCUACAACUAGCUUAGAGCUUAAAAUAAUAAUAAUAACUUCAAAAAGAAAAAUAAUACAAAGCAUGGAAACAUUUUCGAAAGCUGACUCUUCAUUUAAGUUCCAGGAGGAGAUUUACGUUUUAAAGAAACUAAUAUUUUUUCUU